CGGGGCUGGUGAAACUGAUUCCAGUCCCGCUCGUCCGUGAACUCCGCCUGCAUCCGCCUAAUGUCCUCAAUGGUGGGCUUGGGGCUGAAGGAGAACCCCUCCGCCUUUCCGGCCCCUCCGUUCUGCAACUUGGAGUUAUUAGACGAUGCCUCCGUUGCUGCUCCGUUUACCACAUGAGAGUGAGACUUGUUAGCAAAAGCCUCGUUGCUGCCAUUUGAACACACCGAUAGUUCAUCACCUGCUAGCCCACAUGCUUCCUUUCCGUUUGUGGCCAUCAUGGUGUACGACUUUUAUCAGCGCUGCGCGUACAAACAACUUUACAAGAGCUGUAAACAACCUCUUCGGCAACCAGCACGUGAAGAAGUCCCGCCAGUUGUUAAAACGGAAAUUAGGCAACUUAUGUCGGAAACCGGAAUUUUACCAAGACUGGGCUUUGUAGUUUUAACUUGAAAAGUAGCGGCUUGCGCACAUAUUGUAUGCCACUUUAAAAAACUACAGCUCCCGUGUUCAUUGCAAAAUUACAACAUGGCCGCCUCCUCUGUUGCAGCAAGUGAGCUGCUAAACAAUAUGAAUAAACGGAUAUCAAUAUUGUAUCCAAAGGCUUCCUGCGUAAUUAGGCGAAUAAGCACAUCAAGCUCGCGAUGCGACGGUCAGCCGCAGCGGAGUGCAAAAAGUGCUCCCCAGCAGCUGGUUGGAGUAGUGGGCUUGGAAAUCCAUGCCCAGAUUAACUCCAACACCAAGCUAUUCUCUGGCUCACCGGUUCGCUUCUCAGCACCUCCAAACUCCCUGGUGUCAUUCUUUGACGCAUCCUUACCUGGCACAUUACCCGUCCUGAACAAACGAUGUGUUGAGGCAGCAGUGAUGACAGGAUUGGCUCUCAACUGCACCAUAAACAGGAAGUCACUUUUUGACAGGAAACACUACUUCUACGCUGACCUCCCUUCUGGAUACCAGAUCACUCAGCUACGGCAGCCCAUCGCGGUAGAUGGCAUGCUGACUUACAGCCUCCUUGGGGGGAAAAAGAGGAGCCAGAUGAUCAGAAAAACUGUCAACAUCAAACAGAUUCAGCUGGAGCAGGACAGUGGCAAGAGUCUCCAUGAUGACCUCCGCAGCCAGACACUCAUAGACCUCAACAGAGCAGGUGUAGGUCUAAUGGAGCUGGUGAUGGAGCCAGACAUGAGCUGUGGAGAGGAGGCUGCAGCAGCUGUCAGAGAGCUUCAGCUCAUCCUGCAAGCCCUGGGCACCUGUCAAGGCAACAUGUCUGAGGGCCAGCUGAGAGUAGAUGCCAAUGUGUCCGUACACAAGCCAGGUGAGCCCCUCGGCAUCAGGGCAGAGGUGAAGAACAUCAACAGCGUCCGGUACCUGGCCAGGGCUAUUGACUACGAGAUCCAGAGACAGAUUGGGGUCCUGCAGAGAGGGGGAAAAGUGCAAAAUGAGACCCGAGCGUAUGAUUCCAAAACAGGGGAGACCAUUCCUAUGAGGGACAAAGAGGGUCUCCAGGACUACAGGUUUAUGCCAGAGCCCAACCUGCCCCCUCUGAUUGUGUAUGAGGAUAACGCAUCGCUGCCCACUGGCAUUGAUGCAUGCCAAGCGGUGGUGGUGCAGAAGAUAAGAGAAGGGCUGCCAGAGCUACCCAGUGUCAAAAGAGAGAGGCUGGUGCAAAUGUACGGCAUCCUGCCCGAGCACAGCUUCACUCUGGUGAAUGAGGAUGGCCUGGUGGAGUACUUUGAAGCGGUGUUAAAGGCGACCAAAAAGGAGCCGAGGAAGGUGAUUGGCUGGGUGACAAAUGAGCUGGUGGGCCACCUCAAACAGCGAGAGAUGAGUGUGAGCCAGAGCCCAAUCUCUCCUUCUGCCCUGGCUGAGCUGCUGGAACUCCAGGAAACGGGACACAUCUCCUCUUCGGUUGCCAAGCAGGUGUUCCAGGAGAUGUGGAGGUCAUCCGGCAAGACAGCCCCGCAGAUCAUCCAGGAGCAGGACUUGGGUCUUGUUAGUGACACCGCACAGCUGCAUAGGAUCUGCCAGGAGGUGGUGGACUCGCAUCCUGAUGAGGUUCACGCCAUCAGAAAUGGAAACAAGAAAGUUCUGAACAAGCUGAUGGGGCUGGUUCAGAAAGAGACCAAAGGCCGAGCUGACCCAGUUUUGGUGAGGGCAGUUUUACAAGAGAAGACUUCAUGACUGUUGAGCUGAACGGACCGUUCUGCAAGACCCAGUCAUAUCAUAGACAGGGAGUAAAACCAUAGCAUAUUUGACCCUCAUGAAAGACAAACAAUACAAAAGUGAUGUUGUAGAUCGCUAUGAAAAUGCAGAUAAGCAGAGUAAUCAUGUCUAUGUCACACGGCAGCACAAGGUGGCUUGUGUUCUGUGGGUUGAUAAUGAAAGGUGAAAAUUAAGCUAACAUCCUUAGUUUCUGAGAGAUUGACAUUUUUGCAAAUACUGAAUAUGUUCACCGGACAACAGCCAUUUUCUUCUGUGUUUAUGUACGGUAUUUAUGUAUUUAAAAAAGUAAUAAAGCUCUUCAGAUUAAA